CUCCAGCUGCUGUGCUCACCUCCGGUCAGAGCGCACCGGGCUGCGGAGGGAGCAUCAUCGGUGUGAUGAGUGAAACCCGGCGCCACAUUAACGCCACCUCCUCCGCUUCUUCUCCUGAUGGAGUGACACACCUGCGGCCACGUUUGGACCAUGAAACAUCGGACACACCUGCUCGGCGUCACGGAGACUUUCGGCAACUUUUCCUCGAGUCUGGAGGAGCUGAGACUGAAGAGCUUUCAGUGAGCAUUAACGGUCUGUGACGACGCUGCUGUCCGUCGGUGCUGCUCGUGGUGGAGAUCGGCUCAUCAUGUCCCUGUGGAUGAUCCUUCCUGUCAGCCUGCCCGUCUUCACCAUCACAGGAAUAUGGGUGGUAUACGCAAUGGCUCUCUACAACCAGCACGUCUGCCCAGUGAGCAACUGGGUUUACAAUGAGUCCUGUGUGGAGCCACUUCCAUUACAGAGGGGACCUGUACUGUGCUGCACCCUGGACAACAUACCACUUAUCAGUAAAUGUGGAAGUUUGCCACCUGAAAGCUGCUUUUUCAGCCUCAUAUGCAGCACUGGCUCCUUCAUGGUGAUGCUGAUCAGCCUGCUGCGCUACGCUCACGUGAUCGAGAAGCACCAGAACUGCAUCCUCAACACGGCCGGCCUCUCCACCGGGUGGAUCUGCUCUGCGGGGCUCAUCAUGGUGGGAAACUUUCAGGUGGAUUUUGCUAAAGUCCUUCACUACGUUGGAGCUGGAGUUGCCUUCCCCUCCAGCAUGCUGUUUGUGUGCCUUCAGUCAGCUCUGACCUACAGACUGGCCAAGACCCAGGAGGAGUACUGGAUCGGUCACUUACGUGUGGGGAUGGCCCUGCUGACCCUCAUCGCCCUGGUGCUCAGUGGAGUUUUUUUCUGCCAGGAGAGCUUCGCCCUGCAGCAUGCCUCCGCCAUCUUUGAGUGGAUAUACUGCACGCUGAUCAUGUUCUUCUACGGAACAUUUGCCUUUGAGUUUGGGGGCAUGUCGGGAGACACACUGAUGGUGCUCUCCAGAGGCGGGGCGGUGCAGAGCUUCUCAACCUCUGAGCACAAGACGGAGGUUGGCGGAGGGACCGGCCACCACCAGCCAGAGAGCCUAUCGAUCCUGUGACUUAUCAGCAGUGUGUCUAACAAGAGGUGGAAGAGGAUCACACCCAAAUUGGAGCCCUGCAUAUCUGCACACUGCCACAGUGCCAAAGCUGCUGUCCUCAGACCAGCAGACUCCUGUCCUCACACAAAACCAACAGUGCCUUUCUGAACACAAACUCCAACAAAGAAACACACACAGAGUCCUUCAUGUUUGUUUGAACUGUCUUAAUGCAACAAUGGCUCUCUGAAUUCUCCUCAGAUGUGGCUCCUCGCUGAGCACCCUCGGUCCUGGAGCUUCGCAUUGUUUCUACUCAGGAAGUUCUGUUACACAGUCAGGUUUCUCUCCGUACCUCUGUAACACGGAGAGGUUUCCCACAAACAGCAGACAACAGGUGGACUUGAUGUGUGAAGAGUAAUCUCUUUUAUCCAAAGUAGCUUCAUUUUUUAAAGGAUGUAAAGAGAUGUAAACAUUAUUCUCAGCUGAUUUUGCAACAUUUGCUGCAACCCUUAAAGGCAACAUUGCCCAAGUAGCUCUCACGUUUCCCAGAUAUGCUCAGAAUUGUUGUGCAUUUUGUUGUUUCUCACUUCAGCUCUUUGCCAAAGAAUGGUGUAUAACUUCUCUUUAAUGGGACCAAACUAUGAUGUUACAGCUGAUCAUACACAGAAAUGCUUUCUAAGACAUAAACAUUUGAUGAUGUACACUGAAAGCAAAGAAAUAAAACAAGUAAUAUGAAAUGAUGCACAGGUAUCCACUGAU